AUGGACAGUGCGCUCUACCACUCAGCGGGAAUUUUCGGCUCCCCCUCGGCUUCUGAAAACUUUACUGCAGGCGGAAAGAUGAUCACCCCCACCAAGCCUCUCGCUUUUUCGAUCGAACGGAUUAUGGCCAGGACGCCCGAGCCAAAGUCGAUACCUUUCCCCAACCUGUUCCAUCACACUCCGGUGGGUAGGCCUGAAGCAGACCCGAAGCAAGCGCUCAACAUGACUUCAUCAUCACUACAUUGCAUGAUACCAUUCGUGCCACUGGCAUACGAACCGGGUCAUAAACUAAAUAUUAAUGGAUUAGAUACGAGCCAAUUUGAGGCUUCCUCAUAUAAUUCAAAUGAGUUGGUGGGCAUUGGUUUGAACUAUAAGAACGAACAACCAGAUGUGAGCCCGUCGGUGGGACAAUACAAACUCUUUCGACCGCGGGUGGUGAACCAGUCGUCUUUUCAUGCCAUGGGGGCGGUGUGCUACCUGAACUGCGGGGAGAGUGCGUGCCCACCCCCGGCCAGCAUCGUAAACAUCCACCCCAUGGCCUCCUACUUUCUCAACACUCCGCUGCAACAUGCGCGCCAGAGAGCUUUUCUCGCGGAGAAAAAUAAAGUGUCUCACUGCACAGACAGAUACCCAUCCGGAGUUGCAUUUAAAGACAUUUCCCAAACUCAACUCCAUCACUACAUGAAAGAGAGCGCACAGAUUCUAUCCGACAAACUAUUCAAGGGCUCUUCCAAAUUGAACAGUGCUUGCGCAAGCGGCAAACCCAAAGUAUUCACCUGCGAGGUUUGCGGAAAGGUAUUCAAUGCCCACUACAAUUUAACGCGCCACAUGCCCGUGCACACCGGAGCGAGACCAUUCGUCUGCAAAGUAUGCGGCAAGGGAUUUCGACAAGCAAGCACCCUUUGUCGCCACAAAAUUAUUCAUACUCAGGAAAAGCCUCAUAAAUGCAACCAGUGUGGAAAAGCGUUCAACCGGAGUUCAACUCUUAACACACACACACGAAUCCAUGCAGGUUACAAACCCUUCAUCUGUGAGUUCUGCGGUAAAGGAUUUCAUCAAAAAGGUAACUACAAGAACCACAAAUUGACGCAUAGUGGCGAGAAACAGUUCAAGUGCAACAUCUGCAACAAGGCCUUCCACCAAGUGUACAACCUGACGUUCCACAUGCACACGCACAAUGACAAGAAGCCAUUCACGUGCCCGACUUGCGGCAAGGGAUUCUGCCGGAACUUUGACCUGAAAAAGCACAUCCGAAAACUACAUGAUCUCUCUGGCUCCAAAUCCCCUGCCACUCUCGUCACAGGCGAAACUCACUAA